CUUAAACGGUCGCUGACACCGGCCUAUCCUCUCGGCUUCCGGCGCGGCGCGGCGAGGACGACGCGAUGCCACCACCGUCUCUCCCGCUCCUCCUCCCCUUCUCCUCCCCAUUCCUCCACCCUCUCCCCACCUCCGCCUCCCGCCUCCGCAGAUCCCUCUCCCUCUCCCUCUCCCCGUGCCCCCGUCCGCUCGCCUCCCCUUCCCCCUCGUUCGCCGUCGCCGCCGUCAACGACGACGACUACGACUACGACGACGAUGUCGUCCUCGGCGACUGCCUCGUGUUCGAGGACGAGGCCUUCGAGGCCCCCGACCUCGACAUCGGCCGCCCGUCCCCUCGCCCCAGCCGGGCGGCCCGUGGCGGGGGCAGCCUGGUGCCGGAGCGGUGGAAGGACGCCGUGGAGGAGAUCAACCUGACGAAGAAGGAGAAGCGCCGCAUCGCGCACGGGCUGCGCUUCGGGAGCCGCCUCGACCGCCGGGUGCCCUCCGCCGUGGCCGCCCCCGACGAGUACCGCGCGUACCGCGAGGGGAGGCUGGACGCCGAGCUCGGCCACGGCGCGCGCGACUACCUGGUGUCGCCGCUCGAGAGCAAGUCCCGCGCGUACAGUGAGGUGAGGCUGGACACGGAGCCCGGGCGCGCCGUGCGCGACCACGUCGAGCCGCUCGAGGAGAAGCCCCGCGCGCCGGAGAAGGUGGAGGCUCCGCCGCCUCCGCCUCCCGGGACACGCGCGGCGCCCAGGAAUCCUAGGACGGCGAUGGACUCGGUCGGUCUUGAGGACAUCGCGGAGCUGUUUAAUAGUAGCCAGUAUGUGCCAGGCGAGACGGAGGAUGGCAACAGCGCGAGAAGUCGCCGGAAGCUGUUCACGGAUGAGGAAAAGGUUCUUCUGAACAGGAGAUUACCUGAUCUGGAAGGUGCUGCUUCUAGUAAGUGGCUGCCACUUCACACCCUUGCUGCAUCAGGAGACUUCUAUCUAUUGGACAAUCUUCUGAAACAUAAGGUGGAUGUAAAUGCACUUGAUAAGGAUGGUUUGCCAGCAAUUCAUAAAGCAAUUAUUUCGAAGAAGCAUGCUAUCAUCAACUAUCUCUUAAGGAAUUCAGCAAAUCCAUCCGUCUAUGAUAGAGAUGGUGCAACCCUAAUGCAUUAUGCUGUCCAAACAGCAUGCAAUCAGACUAUAAAAACUCUGUUGCUCUACAAUGUUAAUAUCAAUCGCCCAGAUGACUAUGGCUGGACACCGUUGCAUCUAGCCGUGCAAACACAGAGAACCGAUAUUGUGAGGCUACUCUUACUAAAAGGUGCUGAUAGAACGUUGAAAAAUCAAGAUGGAUUGACUCCUUUGGACUUGUGCCUCCGAUUGGGUCAUGAUGUGAGGACAUAUGAGCUUAUCAAAUUACUCAAAAACUUCCGAAUAUCAAAGCAGCAUAACUCGUUUUAACUCAUGGAUGGUGUUCGGCCCUAUCAAAGUCACUGAAGUUUAUUACUAGUGUUGGACUAGCUGAGAUGCAACUUCCUGCUGCGCAUGACGGAAUUGCUUCCAGUUGCAGAUAGAACACGUUUGCUGCUGGAGGGAAACGAACUACCUGGGUUAUUUUCUAUCCACGAAAACUGGAAAGCAAAUCUUUUCACAAGGAAAAGGUUGAUGAUGCAGAAAGAUUAGAAGUAGCCACUGGACCGUCACAAACUAUAGAUAGACCAGUCACUGUUGCCAGAUAAUUUAGGUAAGAUCUGUAAGUUUAGAAUGACACUAUCUUCUUUUCUGGGCCGUUGGGAUAUUUUUUGGCCAUAAUUAUAGCGUCACACAAUACCAAUAUUCAUAAAAAUCUUGCUGCUAUACAGGCUUAUCUCCUUUA